AGUUCGUGAGUCAGUCGCACGCGAUCUUUCAUUGGGGGAUGACGUCUGCUCGCUUAAAACAACAACAAACCGUUUUUGCGCUAAAUAUGAAUUAAACCAAAUUCAAAAAUCCUUCUUUAUUUGAUAUACAAUUAAUCCCAGUACACUAAGUGUGCAGAUAUAUUAUCGGAGGAUUGUUUUGCGUGUGCUUUUUCGUAAAGUUCAAUAACAUAAAGUGAACCCUUAGGCACAAUGCCGGCCCAACAGGAACCACAGACCAGCAUCGUUUUACGUGAGGUCACACCUGAGCUAUCGCGGCAUAUGCUCUCUGAUGUGACAACACUACCAGCGGUGCAACUGGGCGACUUCUUGCUACAGAUUGAGCUGGACGACCCAAGCGAGUCGGUGCGGGAGAUCGCACGCCGGGAGCUGCGCGAAACGCCCGAAGUCGUCAAACACGCUAUCGAAGACUUGAAGAAACUUCUAGAAGAUGACAAAGAUCUACACGUACCCUUGCAUAGUGAAGCGUGGCUUAUCAGAUUCUUGCGACCCUGCAAGUUUUACCCUGAAAGCGCAUAUGAUCUGAUAAAACGUUACUACUCGUUCAAAGUGAAACAUCAGUCACAUUACGAGGGUUUGACUCCUAGCAAGGAACAGAACAUCUUCAACCAGAACAUACUGACAGUACUGCCCACAAGAGACCAGUUCGGCAGACGAGUGCUCGUGUUGGAAUUAGGAAAGAAAUGGAAGCACAACAAAUGUUCGUUGGACGAGGUGUUUAAGGGGUGCGUAUUGUUCCUGGAGGGGGCGAUGCUGGAGCCGGAGACGCAGGUGUGUGGUGCAGUCGUCAUCUUCGAUAUGGACGGACUCAGCAUGCAGCAGGUCUGGCAGUUUACGCCGCCAUUCGCUAAGAGGAUCGUCGAUUGGUUACAGGAAAGCAUACCGCUUCGAGUGAAAGGUCUAUACAUUAUCAACCAGCCCUUUAUCUUUAACAUGGUAUUCCAAGUGUUCAAGCCAUUCUUGCAGGAGAAGUUGCGCUCUCGUAUCAUAUUUAUGGGCAAAGAUAGAGACCUUCUAUACAAACAUAUCAGUCCUAAAUGCCUUCCGGACAACUACGGCGGCACUCUAACUAUACCACCCGUAACUGGACCACAAUGGCUGGAACUUUUACUGCUCUGUGAUCGAGAAUUUAAAGCUAUCAAUUCUUACGGUUAUAAAAAGAAGUAACAGCUGCACUUGCAUUUCGUAAUAUGAUAUCUCCUUCUU